AUGGAGACGCGUGGAAGUGGCUCAACAAGGGACAAGAACUGCUUCAAGGACUUCAUUAAUGAUGUGAGUGGGAUGCUAUGCUUGUAUGAAGCUACACAUUUGAGGGUACAUGGAGAAGAUAUUCUAGAUGAAGCCCUAGAGUUCACAACCACUAGACUUAAUUCCAUAGUCACUGAUGGUUUAAAACCUCAUCCUCUUGCAACACAAGUGAUGCAUGCCUUGAAACAACCCUUUCACAAGAACCCGCCAAGGAUAGAAGCUAGGGACUACAUCUCUAUUUACCAAGAAGACUACAAUACAAAGAAUGAAUCUCUUCUUAAGCUUGCAAAACUAGAUUUCAAUCUACUGCAGUCCAUCCACCAGCAGGAGCUAAGCCAACUCUCAAAAUGGUGGAAAGAAUUGGACUUUGUAUCAAAGCUACCUUAUGCUAGAGACAGACUUGUGGAGACAUAUUUUGUUGCAAUGGGGUUGUGUUUUGAGCCUCAGUAUGCUCUUGCUAGAAAGAUGAUAACCAAAGUUACAGCCCUGAUCACGAUUAUAGAUGAUACAUACGAUGCGUAUGGUACCUUCGAAGAACUCCAGCUCUUCACAGAUGCAGUUGAGAGGUCGGAGCAUAGCGCCAUGGAUGGACUCCUUGAAUACAUGAAAGUUAUCUACUUGGCACUCCUAGAUUUUUACAAUGAAAUCGAGGAAGAGUUUGGAAAGGAUGGACAAUCUUAUCGUGUUUACUAUGCAAAAGAAGCGAUGAAAACACAAGUUAGAAGCUACUUCAUGGAGGCCAAAUGGUUGAAGGAUGGAUAUAUUCCAACAUUCGAAGUGUAUAUGCAAAAUGCAUCAACCAGCAUUGCGUAUAUCUUGCUAAUAGUCUAUUCUUUGGUUGGCAUGGGAGAUUUUGUGACAAAGGAAACCUUUGUUUGGGCAAUGAAUAAUCCAAAGCUUAUGAAGGCUUCAAGCUUAAUUUUCAGACUCAUGGAUGAUAUGAAGGCCCAUAAGUUUGAGCAAGAGAGAGGGCAUGUUUGUUCGGCUGUGGAGUGCUACAUGAAGCAAUAUGAUGUGUCAGAACAAGAGGUAUAUGAUGAAUUUAAUAGAAGAUUGGUGGACGCAUGGAAAGAUGUAAAUGAAGCGUGCAUGAAACCUAUGAUGACUACUGCAGCUGUCCCAAGGUCAGUUCUAUCAGUGUUUGUUAACUAUGAUCGUAAUAUUGAUGUGCUCUACAAGUAUAAAGAUGGUUUCACUUUUGCUAAUGAAAUAUUGAAGGAGCUCAUCACCUCAUUGUUUGUCGAUCCCAUACCCAUGUACUAG